AAAGAAAAAGAAAAAAAAUGGUGGGAGCGCUAUACAGUUUUAGAAAAAAGAAAAGUUAACUCUUAGCACUUCACUUCUGCUCUGCUGCUAUCAACAGUAAAGAAUGGCGCACGUGCUUUCCCUCCAUGUCUAUCUCUCUGCAGAUACAAGCAAAACUGCUCGUUGUAUGCCACUUAAGUUCUCCAAGAGAGCAAACAAACCCAAGAAGUCUCUUUCUGCUCCUAGGAAAGGCCCUGUCAGUCCAUUGAAGAAAACCCAGAAAUUGAAUUUGGAGGUCUCCCCUCAUAGAGCUGUUUCUGCUGUGAGGCUGAUGAGAAUAGAGAUGGGUGGUGCAUUUGCUGAUCUCUUGAAUGAGAAAGGGAAAGGUUCUGGUGAAAAUGAAAUGGGAUAUGUUGAAAGAACUCUUGGAUUUCGAACCAAAAAUUUGGAUGAUCGCGAUCUAAGAUUGGUCACAGACGUUGUUGGUGGCACAAUUCGUUGGAGGAGAUUUCUUGAUCAUUUGAUUUGUUCAUUGUUCCAUGAUGAGAAUACAUUUCGGAGCAUGGAACCUCUUCUCUUGCAGAUUCUUCGUAUUGGUGCUUAUGAAAUUGUGAAGCUAGACAUGCCGCCAUAUGCUGUUGUAGAUGAGAAUGUGAGACUUGCAAAAGUUGCCCUUAGGCCUGGUGCUGGUAACAUGGUCAAUGGGAUUUUACGGAAGCUAGUUUUGCUCAAGGAAAAUAACUCUCUUCCUCUCCCCAAAUUGGAAGGCGAUGCUCGUGCACAAGCACGUGCUCUUGCCACUCUACAUUCUCAUCCUGUGUGGAUGGUAAGGCGCUGGACAAAGUAUCUUGGGCAAGAAGAGGCAAUUAGGUUGAUGAUAUGGAAUAACAGUGACCCCAGUUUCAGUUUGAGGGCAAACGGGGGAAAAGGAGUGACAAGAGAUGACCUUGUGACAAGGCUUAAUUUGUUGAAGGUUCCUUAUGAGCUUUCUCCAUAUUCGGAUCACUUUGUUCGUAUGAGAACAGGAUUGCAGAUUGUUUUACAAGCUGGAUUACUGAAAGAAGGUUUCUGUUCAGUUCAGGAUGAGAGUGCAGGUUUGGUAGUUUCCAUUGUGAAUCCUCAACCUGGUGACAGCAUUAUUGAUUGUUGUGCUGCUCCUGGAGGAAAGACGGUGUACAUGGCAUCUCUAAUGGAAGGCCAAGGCAUGGUGUAUGCAAUUGACAUAAACAAAGGCCGGUUAAGAAUCCUUCAAGAGACAGCCAAGUUGCACCAAAUUGACGGUGUGAUCACUGCAGUUCCUUCAGAUCUUCGUGUCCUUGCUGAAAAUUACCCGAUGAAGUCUGAUAAAGUUUUGUUAGAUGCUCCUUGUUCUGGGCUUGGUGUUCUCUCUAAGAGAGCGGACCUGCGAUGGAAUAGAAGAGUGGAAGAUUUGGAAGAAUUAAAGAAUUUGCAGGACGAACUGCUUGAUGCUGCUUCCACAUUGGUAAAGCCUGGUGGAUUUUUAGUAUAUAGUACCUGCUCCAUAGAUCCUGAAGAGAAUGAAGAGAGAGUGGACGCGUUUCUUCUCAGGCACCCAGAAUUUCAAAUAGAUCCUGUUGACAGAUAUGUGCCACCAGAUCUUGUGACUGAGCGUGGCUUCUACUCUUCUAGCCCAGUAAAACAUUCAAUUGAUGGGGCAUUUGCCGCUCGUCUUGUCAAGGCCUUGUGAAGAAAUAGGAAUCUACUCACAUAUAUUCUCUUGAAACCCACUGCAAUCCUUGCUGGGACCACUUUCUGACUUCUAGAGGCCUUUUCAGAUCAAUAUUCUUCCUGAAUAUGGUGAAGGCUGACAAUACAAAGAUCCUUCGGUCCAUUUUCGGAGCCUUAGGAGCAGGAUGUUACGCACACUUCACAGAGCAGCCUUCAUAAAUUGCUUCAAUACUCGAAGAGCAUGAUAGUUGUAUGGCCAUCAGAAUUGGCUGACGUCCAAUCAUAUGUAACAAUGAAAACAAGAAAGGGUCAGAUAUAAUGUCUGAAUAUGUGCCAAUUCAAACUGUUCGAGGGGCUCAGUUUUACCAGGAGGCAAUCCAUCAUCA